UACACACGCGGCUGUGUUUUAAUAAAAGCCACCCAAGCUCACACGAAAGCGACUGUGUUAUAAACGAGAAGAGUUUUCUUUGAUAUGGGUGAUGUUUUGAAAAGUGCCCCCGCGCUCAGUUGAGGGAUUUAACUUCAGUAUGCGGCAGUUUUGAAACAAAGGGUUCUGGAGCGUUGUUGUCUUAUUGGAUUACAGCCCUUUCUGGAUGGGAAAAAUGGAACCAGAGGGCCAGUGGUGGAAAAGCCAGCUCGCAGUGGACAUCCAUCAGUCACUGCGAAUUAAGGAGCUGAAGUUGCCAACAUACCAGGCCCAUUCUCCACAGAUUGGGAUGCGGCGGUAUUUUGCCGACCUACUCGCCGUUCUCAGUAAUCGUUACGAGCUGUGCCCUACGGCGCGUCACCUGGCUGUCUACUUGCUCGACUUCUUUAUGGACCACUAUGAUGUAGCUGUGCGACAGCUCUACGUAAUCGCCCUCUCCUGCCUCCUCCUUGCCAGUAAGUUUGAGGAGAAGGAGGACCAUGUGCCCAAACUGGAGCAGCUGAACACACUGGGCUUCAUGUGCAGUCUAAACCUCAACCUCAACAAGCGUGACCUCAUCAAGAUGGAGCUGCUGCUGCUGGAGACGUUUGGCUGGAACCUGUGCAUGCCCACACCCGCACACUUCAUCGACUACUACCUCCAUGCUGCUGUCCAGGAUGGAGACCUGCACAAUGGCUGGCCGCUCUCCUCCAUGUCCAAGACCAAAGCCUUCAUGGACAAAUAUACACACUACUUCCUGGAGGUCUCGUUGCAAGAUCAUGCCUUCUUGAGCUUCAGACCUUCUCAGGUGGCAGCUGCCUGCAUAGCUUCAUCCAGAAUCUGCCUGCAGAUCUCGCCCAGCUGGACCACUGUUCUCCACCUGCUCACGGGCUACUCAUGGGAUCAUCUGACGCAGUGCAUCCAGCUGAUGUUACUUGCCCAUGACAAUGAUGUGAAGGAGGCCAACAAAACCAAAUCAUCCCCCUCGUCUGGCCAGAGCCUCCAGCCACAAGUUAACGUCCCCCACAGCCCCGCCACCCCCUCUUUGCAGAGGCAGCCCACCUCCAGCUCCCAGCAGCUGCUCCUUCAGUCCAGCAGUUACCCGCAGCUUGCACAGCAUUCACCAGCAUUAUCCCAGCUGCAUAUGCUGGCAGACUGCCAGGCCCUUGGAACAGUGGGCUCCCGGGAAUAUCUCCAACCCCACCAGGCUAGCCUGCUCUCAGCCUCAGUGCCAGCCAGCUCAUUCACUUCUUUCCCCAGCUUGGCAUCAGGGCUGCGCGGCUUGCCCCUCCAGGGACCCAUCUCCAUGCAGGUGAGCAUGGGGCCCGAACGCCACUGCCUUGGUUUGACUUAUGGGAGUGGCUACCUGAGCUCCCAUCACACAUUCACAGCUGGAUGCUUUGACAGGUGA